AUGACGACGGAGGCUCAAGCAGGUAACGCGCGGCCGAGAACACCAACUGCGGAUGCGCAGGCCAAAAUCGAACAAGGUUCUCUCCAGCCGCAGACAAGCGAAGACGAUUUCGAAAUGCCUAAUUUUGGAGCUACCUUCUAUCCAGGGGGUAUGGACGACUAUUACAUGCCCGAGGUCCUAGCCCCAUCACCACAAAGGGUAAUGCCAGAAGUUCCCGAGAACAUGCAGCAAGGCCUCCAACGCAUGGAACUAGAAGCUCGAUCAGUAGACCCGAGAAAUUCAUCGUCGCAAGCACCCGGAUCCGGUCCGCGACAUUCUCGCGAACCGUCCUUGUCCAACGUGCUGAACACCAAAGGUAAUAACUUUGGGCAGCAAUACCAAGGAGGCACCGAUUAUAGUCCCGCAUCAAAUUACAGUCCAUUCCAAGAAACUCAGGACCGCGCUCCCCAGUUCGAGAGCGACCUUCGAGAUAUGCGCGAAUUACCUUCUUUUUCGCCUUUCCCCAAGGUCCAAGGGGAGCACAUCCCUCCUAGCGAUGAAGAGAAAGAGGCGGUAUUAGCCGAGAGCCGCCACCAUGUCCUCCAUUCCAACGAUCCUAACAUGCAGAUUUGCUGGGCCCGCGACGUCCUAUCCUAUGUCGAGAUAGCUGCCGAAGCUGCCCUUCGGGAAGAGGAGGCUACGCGCAACCCCAACGAUCGAGAGCUACCAAUACGGACGGCAACGCCUAAGAUUGAGCACGAGCUGCGGAUCGACGCUAUUAACAUAAUUAGCUAUCUUGCAGACCAGGGACACCCUGAGGCUUUAUUCAUCAAGGGCAAGUGGCUAGAAUUCGGCAAGUUUGGUAAACGACAAGACAAGAAGGAGGCGUACGCUUGCUACUCAGCCGCCGCAAAGUCAGGAUGGGGCCGCGCCGACUAUCGAAUCGGUAUGCUAUAUGAAAACUCAAAUGAUAUGGAUAAAGCUCUGCAGCAUUAUCAAUUUGGCCUAUCUACGAAUGAUUCCGCAGCUUCUUACCGACUAGGCAUGAUCAACCUCUUAGGUCAACGGGGCCAACCCAAAGACAUCCCAAGGGGCUUAGAUAUGAUACAUAUCGCCGCUGAUACGGCUGAUGAAGAUGCACCUCAAGGUGCCUUUGUGUACGGCAUGCUCAUCGCGAGAGAUCUUCCGGACGUCGCCAUCCCCGAAGGUGCUCUACAGUACGACGUUAGUAUUGCACGACAAUAUAUCGAAAAGGCUGCCUAUCUCGGUUUUGCUAAGGCCCAGCUGAAGAUGGGACAGGCUUACGAAUUAUGUCAACUUGGCUGCGAUUUCAAUCCGGCUCUAUCGCUACAUUAUUAUGGCCUAGCCGCUAGACAGGGCCAACCUGAAGCGUGUCUAGGUGUUAGCAGAUGGUUCUUGUUUGGCUACGAAGGGACAUUUGCGAAGAACGAAGGGCUCGCGUUCAAGUACGCUCAGCUAGCCGCUAAGGCAAAGCUACCAACUGGAGAGUUUGCCAUAGGCUAUUACUACGAAAUCGGAAUAUCGGUUGAAAAAGAUUUACGAGAAGCCCGAAGGUGGUACGAGUUGGCGGCAGAUCAUGGUAACAAGGACGCCGUGGACCGAUUAGAGAGUCUAUCACAAUCUAAGACGUUGUCGAAGAAGGACCACGAGACGACGGCGCUAACGCGCAUCAAGUCGAAACAUGGCUCGCAGAGGGGUCAAAGGCCCGAGCGAUUCAAGCAACCGCAGAACCAUAUGCCGGCGCUAUCGGAAGACCAAAAUUCGCCCAGGGUAUCACCGCACCCCUCCCCCAGAGUACAGAAUUUCGACCACACAGAUAUGCCCGACCCAUCCCGACUCGCUAUUAGCGGUGGUAACCGACCUCCUGCUUUUACCGUCAACCUCCCGGACCGACCGGCAUCGGCAACUCCGUAUCCAGAAGACGACAGGCCGCCAGCCUUAUCCCUACGACCCAAGUCUGCUGCUGUACCUUACCCCGAAGACGAUAUGGGUGGAAAGCCGCAACUUGCUCCUCACUAUAACCCAGGCAUUCGGUCGUCAAACGGGCCUAUUGCGGAUCGGCCAGGAAGUUCCUUUGGCAUUCGUACACAAUCUCCUGGUAACGUUGGUAUGCGUCCGUCCCAUUCAGCAGGCCAGCUGUCUAUCCCUCCAGCUGGUAUGGAUCCUAACCGUGGUCGCCCAGUUUCCGCCGGUUGGGGAUCGCCAGGUCAAGGCGGCUACCCCCAGCCCAGCCCUGGAAGGGACCCGAGAGCUCGCCCUAUCACAGGGCAAUUCGAUCAGCGGCCGCCCCCGGCUGGAUAUGACCCGCGACUUGGUCCUGGCCCUGGCCCCGGCCCUGUCAAGAACCCUGGACCCAACCGACUCACGAAACAGGGGCCUCCGCCCGGACAGUACCCGGCUGGCUAUGGUCCGAGGGAGUCAUCCCUGCCGAGCCCCCAUGCUCCUGCUCCCCGGGCCUCUACUGGUCCUUACGACCAUGGCGGUCGGGGUUCAGGCCCUUCAUCUCCAACCAUGAGUGGUGGCCUUGGGCCUCGCAAUAGCUCCAUGCCGAUGCCUGGAGGAUUACCUCAGGGGGGCCCCAGCGGCCAGAGAACACCAAGCGGCGGGCGAGGAAGCGGUGCACCGUUGAAAGACCGUCCUAGUCAGCUAGACUACGGUCGCUCAAGCGCUCCGCCCCAACAGGCUCAGGCUAGACCGCCAGUAUCAAGCCCGCCGCCAACAUCCGGUACUCCUACCUCCGUAGCGUCCGCGCCAGCGCCCAAACCCACAUCUAAGCCUAGUCAAGGGCCUGCUACUUUCGAGGCGAUGGGUAUUCCUCAGGGAAAGCAGAGCGACGACUGCGUUGUCAUGUAA